UUCCUUCCAAAAUCACGUCCACGUGUACAAUACAAAGUCUCAUAGUUUGUUCAGCACAAAGUUAAGGACGACCAAUCCAGUCAAACCACACUGCGUUUUAUGUAAAAAAAAAAAAAAAAAAAAACGAUCCAGAAUUUCAAGAAGUAAGCGACGUAGUGUACUCGUUUGCAUUGCAACUCCGCCCAGCCGCGACGCCCUCGCGAACGAAGCGAGCGACCACUAAAGCCGGGCGGGUGCGAGCUGAGCUGUCGGGAACGCCGAGCCGCGCAACCGCCGCAGCUUGCCCGACAAGAGCGAGCUCGAGACACCCGGAAGGCACCAGCACGUCAAGCGGAGACAGGAGGGGGGGGACACACACACACACACACACCAUGAACCGCUUCAAGACCUCCAAGUUCAAAAACACCACACCGAAGAUCGCCAAGAAGGAUGGAUGGAUCAACGACGUCCGCGGCGGCUCCUUCGCCGGCCAGGGGAACCACAUCAAGGCGAGCGCCGAGCUGGUGGCCUUCAACACGGAGCAGGCUGGUGGCGGCAUGCUGGGCGUGACCACCGUGAAACCCGCUGCGGACGGACGGUGGCGUCUCAGCCACGUCGCCUGUCAUUCUGAUCUGGUGACCGACUUGGACUUUUCUCCGUUUGAGGAGAAUCUUCUGGCAACGUGCUCUGCAGAUGAAACGGUGAAGCUGUGGCGUUUGUGCCAACCCGAGUCGGCGCAACCACCCCUGGCGCCGGAGCUCACCCUCACGCCCGGCCGGGGACGGCCGGAACUCGUCCUCUUCCACCCGACCUCUUCGGGGCUGCUGGCCGUCGGCGCCGCCAAAAGUCCGCUCGUUUGGGACACGGACCGCCGGGAUGCGCCGCUCGCAGUUCUGGAGGAGCACGGCGAGGAGCUGCAGAGUCUGAGCUGGAAACGGGACGGUUCCCUGCUGGCUUCGACCUGCAAGGACAAGAUGCUACGAGUGUUCGACCCGAGAGCCCAGCUGAAACCGGUUCAGAGCGCCGACUGCCUGCGGAACAACAAAGAUUCUCGCCUUCUGUGGGCCAAGGACGACUUUCUGCUGACGACGGGCUUUGACAGGAUGCGUAACCGUGAGGUGAGGCUUUGGGACAGCAGGAACUUGUCUUCCUCCUUGAGCUCCCAGACCUUCGGCACCUCCGGCGGGACUCUGAUCCCUCUUCUUGACGCCGACACUGGUCUGCUGGUGCUGGCUGGCAUGGGCGACACGGUGGCGGACUGCUUGGAAGUGUCCACGUCCGAGCCCUUCCUCUCGCAAGUGAGCCAUUGUCUGAGCGACAUGCCGACGCGCGGCGUCGCCGCCGUGCCCAAGCUGGCGCUGGACGUGAUGUCUUGCGAAGUGAUGCGCGUUCUCCAACUGACGGACAACUGCAUCGUGCCCAUCCGCUAUCAAGUCCCUCGCAAGAAUUCCGGCCAUGACUUCCACGCGGACCUUUACCCGGACACGGCGGGCGCGAGUCCGGCCAUGUCUGCCGAUGAGUGGUGGCGAGGGGGGGACAAGCAGGUGCAAAGAGUCAGCGUCCACCCGGACAAGCGGCCCAAAGCCGCCAAGGCGCCAGCGGCCAAUCCGACGCCGGCAAGGAAGGAUCACGGGGACAGCAAGCAGGAGGCGCCGCGAGCUGGUUCCGCCUCCAGCAGUCCUCUGAGCACGCCCAGCACCAGCAGCAGCAGCGCCGCCGCUUCCCGCUCCCCCUCCACCACGUCGGGCCUCUCCUCGGGCUUCCUCCCAUCGCCGAGUCCCGGCCAGGCGGGCAAAGCCUUCCAGAACUUGCUCGGACCGAGCUCCAAGUUCCGCCACAUCCAAGGCGCGGUGCUGCACCGCGACACGCACAUCACCAACGUGCGCGACCUGAACCUGACCACGCCGGGCGAGUGCGACGGCUUCUGCGUCAACCGCCGGCACGCCGCCGUGCCCCUCGCCAUAUCCGGCGGCCAGAUUGCCGUCUUUCAGCGCUCCCGGCCCGGAAAGCUGCCGGACGCGGCUCUGCCCACCAUCCAGAACUCCGUCAGUGUGGCGGACCUUUGUUGGGACCCCUUUGACACGCAACGACUCGCUGUGGCCGGUGAGGACGCAAAGAUCCGAGUGUGGCGGGUGCCCGAGGACGGCCUCAAGGAGACCUUGACCGAGCCCGAACUCGUCCUGCAAGGCCACACCGAGAAAAUUUACUCCAUCAAGUUCCACCCUUUGGCCAGCGAUCUGCUGGCCUCGUCGUCUUACGACCUCACCGUCCGACUGUGGAACCUGCGAGAUGGGGAGCAGGUCCGGCUUCUCACCGGACACCAGGAUCAGGUUUUCGCCAUGGCUUGGAGCCCGGACGGCAAGCUGCUGGCGACGGUUUGCAAAGACGGCAAAGUCCGCGUGUACGACCCGCGCAAGUCCGCCGCGCCUCUGCAGGAGGGUCCAGGCCCCGAUGGGCACCGAGGCGCCCGCGUGGUGUGGGUGUGCGACGGCGACUACCUGCUGGUGUCCGGAUUCGACAGCCGCAGCGAGCGAGGCCUCUACUUGUACUCCGCCGCCUCCCUUUCGUCCGGGGUGGUGGCCGGCGUCUCCGUGGACGUCUCCCCCUCCACGCUGAUCCCGUUCUACGACCCGGACACCGGCGUGGUCCUCCUCACCGGGAAGGGGGACACGCGGGUGCACAUCUACGAGGUCGUGCCUGAGGAGCCCUACUUUGUGGAGUGCAGCAGUUUUAACACUCUGGAGCCACACAAGGGCUUGGCCUUCCUUCCCAAGAGCGAGUGCAACGUGCGCGAGGUGGAGAUAGCGGCGGCCCUGAUGCUCACCAGGACCGCCGUGGAGCCGGUGGUCUUCAAGGUCCCGCGAGUCAAGAAAGAGUUUUUCCAGGACGACUUGUAUCCGGACACGUCGGCGUGCUGGGAGGCGGCGCUCAGCGCUUCUGCCUGGCUCGACAACGCCGACGCUCGGCACAGGAAGGUCAGCUUGAGGCCCGCCGACAUGACGCCAGUUAGCCAAGCCCCCAAGGAGGCCCCGGCGAGGAAGUACAUGCCUUCGUCUUUCUACCUGGAGGAGAAGACCGACGAGCAGAAGAAAGAGGAGCUUCUGGUCGCCAUGGUUGCCAAGCUGGGAAACAUGGACGACCCGUUGCCCCAAGAAUCCUUCCAGGGCGUCGACGAGGAGGAGUGGGAUGAUUGAAAAACACUCCGAGCGAGGAAAAAGGACACCCGCACGCUUCCACUGAAAUGCACUCCCCCGCCUGCUGGCGUCACUCCGACAAUUUUUUUUUUUUUUGUGGCUAUCUUUUGAAGUGUCUCAUUUUUUAAAAAUAUGCAUAUGUCAGGUUAAUAAUUGUGAGCCGGGAGUUUUAAACAUGUCCCAAAAGCGAUCAGGAAUUCAUCCGGCUUUUGUUUUUCUUUCACUUUGGUACAAAAGAUUGAAAUCUGCCUCGAAAAGAAGCUCAGAAAAUCUUAAAAAAUGGCAUUCAUUUAAAAAUGUGCUUGCAGUUUGCGUGAUGGUCCCUCGUUAGUGCACGUAUUAAAAAAUCAAAACCAAAAAAAAGAUGAGCAUCUUCUAGUUGUUGUUGUUGUUUGGGAAAUGUUGAGUGUAUCUUUGAUGAAAUACGAGUCAGUCAUGCUAUAUAAAAUCUAAGUAUAAUCAUAGUCAGGACAUCACAGGGUUACCAGUCUUCAUAUUUGGCCAUAGACUGUUUUUUUUUUCAUUAUUUCUUGUACUAAUUAUUCUGGUUAUUCUUCUAUUGCUACUGUAUUUCUAACAUUUGUAUUUGAAUAUUUUCUACACGCAGGGAUGUUCUUAUACGGUCGUUUGGGUUUUCUUUUAAAGGAUUUUCUUUUUUUUUUUUUUUUUACAUUUUUAAAUAGCACUUCCUUCAAAUGUUCAUUUUGUGAACAUUUCAUUGUUUGUAUUUCUAACUUUCUAAUGUCUCUUAAAUCACAUUUAAAGUAUUAGUCCAAAUGUACAAUGAAGCCAUGACGCAAAGUAUGUCACUUCCAAAAAAAAAAAAAAAACUGGACAGAAAUUGUUUACAGCCUCGACUGGACGAACGCCAACGCCAAGCACGCGUACUGCACCGUACUGUAAUAUGUACGCAUUCACUUGUUCUUCUACUCAGAUGCUGCCAUACUUUGUAAUUUUCUGGAUAUUACUGGGAUAAUUUUUUUUUUAACGCCGUGGGUGAUGUUUUAUGCUCAUAAGGUGGAUGUUUGUUAUUUUUCCAACAAUGUCUUAACAUUAAAUUUGACUUUGAUUCUAA